AGCCAUGUUCAAUACGCAGGAUCUGGCUGGGGUGAAGGGGGUGUUGACUUCCCAUCCCAUUUCUCUACACUGACAUUAACUCUGAGAUCAACUCAUGUGCAGUACUUAGCCAAACAAGCGAGGGGAAAGGUCCUGCUGUGUUACUCAUCUCACCACCACAAAAGCAUCACCCGUCUGCUGCAUGAUGGCGACCUCAGCACCGUUGACCACAAUCUCUGUGAACUUGAAUCAAUCCUGUGAUGUUUUCAUCUACCAGGAGGUAGCUCACAUCAUCUUCCCCAUCUUCUACACCGUCGUCUUCUUCAUCAGUCUCCUAGGCAACAGCCUGGUGCUCCUCAUCAUGUGCCAGCGGCACCAGAAGCUCAACGCCACCUCCAUCUACCUGAUGAACCUGGCCGUAUCCGACGCCCUCUUCACCCUGGCACUCCCCGGACGCAUCACCUACUACGUGCGCAAGUUCGACUGGCCGUUCGGCGACGUGCUGUGCCGCAUCACGGCCGUGCUCUUCUACUCCAACACGUACGCCGGCAUCGCCUUCAUGACCUGCAUCAGCCUGGACCGCUACCUGGCCAUGGUCCAUCCGCACCGCGCCCAGGGGCUGCGGAAGGUGCAGACCGCCCGGCGGGUCAGCUGCUUAGUAUGGGCCAUCGUGAUUCUGGAAACAGGGCCGCUCCUCUUGCAGAAGAUGGUGCUUGAGUCACAGGACCGUCAGACCUGCAUGGAGUACUUCAACCUGCAGAAAUCCCGCGCCCUGCCCUACCUGCUACUGCUGGCCUGCAUGGUGGGCUUCUGCUUCCCCCUGGGGCUCAUCCUCUUCUGCUACAGCCGUAUCAGACUCAAGCUGUCCCGCACCGCCCGCCUCAACCCCGUCGUGGACCGAUCGGGCCGCAGCGGCCGGGCCAAGAGCAUCAUCCUGGUCAUCCUGGCCACCUUCUUGGUGUGCUUCAGCCCCUACCACAUCACCAUCAUGCAAUUCAUGGUGCGUAACCUGCUGGCCGACCCCACCUGUGACGACCGGAAAGGAUUCAAGAUGGCGCUGCAGGUGACCGUGUCACUCAUGAACCUCAACUGCUGCCUGGAUCCACUCAUCUACUUCUUCGCCAUCAAGACCUACAAACGGCGCGUGGUUAGCUUCUUCAAGCUACGUCUGUCCACCACUGGGGCUGCCACCACCAACACCAAAAGCUUGCAAGAGAACAGUAGUAGUAACACAUGAACGGCUGCCAAGGAGCUUAUCAUUUGCAGUUUUUGUGAUACCUCAUACUCUGUAUAUCUAUGGUUUGACUAUACUGUAUGUGGUGGUGUUCACUAGAAGUGUGAUCAAGCUGAGCAGAGUGAUCUAGUCUUCUGAAUAUCUGGAAAGGUAGAGUCAGACAUGAGAAUGCUGUGAGUUACGUGUAAUUGAUACAAUAACUGAAGUGUCACCUAUAAUUCUUAAACAUAAACAUGUUCCUGAUUGUUCAGUCUAAACAUGUUAGUUUAAUUACCAGACCUAGCCCUGUCCCAAACCUUAACCCCUAGAGUUUUUUUUUUUAUUAUUAUCAAUGUCUUGUUAUGCAAGUUAUCAGUUUUUUGUGUUGUAAAUAAGUGUAAACAGUA